AUGGGGGAUAGCGGUGACCCCGGAGAUCAAGUCGAGGGCAAGGCUGCUUUGUACGGGCUAGGCGGAGUGGGAAAGACACAGAUCGCGCUCAAGUACGCAUACUGGAGCCGCGAAAGAUACCCUGAUCGAGCCGUUUUCUGGGUACAUGCGUACAGUCGCGACAAAUUCAUCGAUGCGUACCAUAUGAUCGCCGAGAAGUGUAGCAUCCCCGGAUACCAGGGCCGCAAAUCAGAUCCAGUGGACAUUGUGAAGGCUUGGCUUGAAGAGCGGGGUAACGGAAACUGGUUGCUUGUGAUUGAUAACGCUGACAGCCUCGACUUUGAUCAACCUCAACCAUCACCCGGCCUUGCUUCAGGAUACGGUCGCUUUUCCACAAUCGCUCCACAAUUAGCCGAUCUACUACCAAAGUGCCCUCAUGGGUUUGUCCUAGUGACUACACGAAACAUAAGGAUGGCGUCUAUACUAGCGCAGCAGAACCUCAUCUCUGUGGUUAGAAUGACCGAGGAAGAAAGUUUAACACUUGUUCACAACUUUCUACCGCACAUUGACUUCAACGAUGUUGCAGUAGCCAAAACAGCUGACGAGCUAGUGGCAACGCUCGAACAUUUGCCACUCGCGCUAGUCCAAGCGACUAAGUACAUCCACCAGAAGCACAUCAGCAUCACAAGAUAUCUCCAGAUAUACAACGCGAAUGAAAAAGACGCCUACACUCUUCUCACGGAAACAACAAAUACUGCUUACGAAGAUCGCGACCCACGACGGACGGCGGUUGCCACAACAUGGUUGGUCUCUUUCCAAGAGAUAGAGUGUGCUAUGCCAUAUGCUGCUGAGUUGUUGUAUUUGAUGGCAUUUUACGACUUGAAAUCGGUUCCUGCGACCCUUCUUCGCAAAGACGGUGCCACGAUUGGAGCAUUCUACGAAGCCAUUGGCAAACUGCUCGCUUACUCUUUCAUAACUCGAAAUGAAGAGCAGGAUGAUCAGCAACCCUGGAGCGAACAGUACAACAUGCACAGACUGAUACAGCUUACAACUAGGAGAUGGCUCGACACCCAGUAUGAGAAAAGACCUUGGUAUCUUUCUGUAUUCGGAUAUGUACCAUACAUCAGUGGCAUCCGUGCAGCAAAGCAAGAAUCGAAGUUGCUGAUAUGGGCCAUGAGAGCACGAGAUCGAAUGCUUGAGAGGUUCCCUUCCGAAAGCUAUGAGUCCUGGGAUUUAUGCGCGGCACUUCUUAGGCAUGCGCAAAGUGUGAUCAAGUUCAUUCGCGAGUUAGAACCUGUCUUUUCUGAAGAAACAGACACCCUGAUGGACAGAGUUGCUACGUACCUGGUUGACAGAACGGAAUUGAACGAAGCCGAGACUGCGUUGAACGAACUACUCGCGGUCAGGCAUCAAUAUCGCGGUCAAAAGGAUGCGAAGACUAUCGACGCUCGAAGCCAACUUGCAAUGGUAAAAUUCAAGCAGGGAAACUACCGCCAGGCCGCAAUAGGCUAUGAGAAUGCCCUCCGAGACUAUCAAGCUUGUCAUGGCGCGCCCGAAAGAGUCAUCAUGGACACAACUUGGCGCCUAGCGAAUGCAAUGUUGGAGUUGGGAGAAUACGGGCAAGCAGAAGAUCUUUUCAACAGGGCGAUUAUGGGGUACAAAACCGCUGAGCGAAUGGAUAGCGACCUGAUACGGAGUUCAACAGGCGCAAUGCAAGGUCUCGCCAUCCUUUAUGAGAAGCAAGGCAAGUUUUCGGAAGCAGCAGCACUACAAGCACAGACAGUCGGGCUCCAGAUGACUCAUCUCGGCGAAACACAUCCAGAGACUCUACGUACUCAACAACAUCUGGCUAUCGUACUCAACAAACAAGGCCGAAUACCCGAAGCAGUCAGCAUAUAUCGCAAGACAUUGGUCAGCCAAGAGACUCGACUCGGCUGCGACCACAUCGAUACCCUCCGCACAGGACGCAACUUCGCAAACGCAUUAGUAGCAGACCACCAGUACCUCGAGGCAGAAACCCUCUAUCAACGCGUGAUAGCAGGUUACGAACGCCAACUUGGUGCCCUACACCCAAGCACCCUAGGGUCUAAGCACAAUCUCGCAAAUGCAUACCUCCAACAAAAUGAAGCGGCAGCAUCUGUCAAACUUUUUCAAUCUAUCCUGGAGAGCAAGCGCGAAAAGCUCGGCGUUCAGCACCCUAGCACACUCAUGACGCGACAAUGUCAUGCUCACGCGCUUGCGCACUUAGGUCAAGUCGAGCAAGCGGAGAGUGAGUUGAGGGAAACCUUGGGACAGCUUGAAAAGGUGCAGGGUGUCAAGCACCCGGAUACCUUAGAGACAGCAUACAACCUUGCAUGCUUGCUAGAGAAGCGUGGUGAAGUAGAUAGCGCGAGGGAUAUGUUCGAGCGGGUUGUAGCGGGCAGGAUUGAGAGAUUGAGAGUAGAGCAUCCGGACACCAGCAAAGCUAUAGCACGCUUGUCUAGACUAAAGGCAAAAGCUGGUCUCGCGUAUCUUAACGGCCGCCAUGGCUUCACCUUCGACUGGCCCCUCUUGUCCUCCUUCAUCGGCAGCAGCAUCGCCGGCGCGCAGCAGGAACGACGCGACACGCUGAACCUCUUCUACGAACUCGAGGCGCAUGCCCACUCCUCUGCGCGCGCAGACCAUGCGUGGAUCAUCUUCCAGGGCAAGACAUGGACGUAUGCGCAGGCUUACGACGUGGUGCUGCGGUACGGGAACUGGCUGAAGAGCAAGGGCGUGGAGAAGGAUGAGAUUGUCGCAAUGGACUUUGUCAACUCAGACGUCUUCAUCUGGGUCUGGUUUGGCCUCUGGAGCAUUGGCGCGAAGCCCGCCUUUAUCAACUACAACCUCUCCGGCAAGCCGCUGGUCCAUACCGUCAAGACGAGCACCGCGCGCUUGGUGCUGGUGGACCAGGAGAGCAGGGACAAGUUCAGCGAAGACGCGCUGAAGGAGCAGGGCCUCACUCGCGUCCACCACGCAGACAAGGUCAAAUACACGUUUGAGCAGGAACCGUCCGACGUCCCACAAUCAGUCAAGAACCAGACACAGACUCCCCAAGCCGCCGUCGAAGCAGGCGCCGUCUCUGAGCCUUUGACUGCGCAGCGAAACCUCGAAAUCAUCUUCUUCGACGACGCCCUGACCUCGACCAUCCUCACGCACCCGCCGACGCGCCUCCCCGACUCGGCUCGCUCCGACCAAAAGCGCAGCAGCAUGGCCAUGCUCAUCUACACGUCCGGCACGACGGGCCUGCCCAAACCCGCCGUAAUGUCCUGGGGCAAAUGCGGCGGCGGCGCAAAGUUCGCCGCAAGCUGGAUGUCACUAAAGAACGACAUCGUCUACACCUCCAUGCCCCUCUACCACAGCUCCGCCUCCGUCCUGGGCGCCUGCGCCGUCCUACGCGCGGGCAGUACAAUCCACCUAUCCAAGAAAUUCUCCCACAAAACCUUUUGGCCCGAAAUCCGCUCCUCACACGCCACAAUCCUGCACUACGUCGGCGAAACAUGUCGCUACCUGCUCUCCGCGCCGCCCUCCCCGCUCGACAAACAGCACCACCUGCGCGCCGCCUUUGGCAACGGCCUGCGCCCGGAUGUCUGGGAACCCUUCAAACAACGCUUCGGCAUCGCCACAAUCUACGAAUUCUACGCCGCAACCGAAGCCCCCGGCGCCCUCUUCAACUGCUCGUCAAACUCCUUUUCCAGCGGCGCAAUCGCCCGCAACGGCCUCCUCGCCAACUUCCUCAUGACGCGCAAACUCACCCUCGUGCGUAUGGAUCCCAACGCUGAUCCCCCGGAGCCCCUCCGCGACCCCAAAACCGGUCUGUGUCACAUCAGCGACUACAACGAACCCGGCGAGUUACUAGGUAAACUCGACGCGGACAAUAUAAAAGACGGGUUCCAAGGCUACUACGGCAACGAGAAGGCGACCAACUCGAAGAUCAUUCGGGAUGUAAAGGCGAAAGGGGAUGCGUAUUUCCGGUCUGGCGAUCUCAUGCGCUGGGACGCGGAAGGGAGGUUCUGGUUCGUCGAUCGCAUUGGCGAUACGUUUCGUUGGAAAGCGGAGAAUGUGUCUACGGCUGAGGUAUCGGAGGCUGUGGGCAAACACGAGAGUGUCGCUGAGGCGAAUGUAUACGGCGUUAGUGUUCCGGGACAUGAUGGGCGCGCGGGGUGCGCGGCGAUUGUGUUUGAGCAGGGGGUUGGUGAGGUGGGGGAGAGGUUGCUUGCGGAGCUGGCGCAGCAUGUUAAGAGAGAGUUGCCGGCGUUUGCGGUGCCUGUUUGGAUUAGGGUCACCAGGGAGAUGCAGUUGACGGGGACUAAUAAGCAACAGAAGGUUGAGUUGCAGAAGGAGGGGAUUGAUCCGAGGGUUGUCGAGGAGAAGGGGGAUACGUUGUAUUGGUUGAGAGACGGGACUUAUAAGAGGUUCACGGUAGAGGACUUGAAGAAGAUCGAGGGCGGGAGUGUGAAGUUAUGA